CACAGUGGGAGUGGGACCUCUUUAAAAAAGCCGCGCUUAUUUUGUUUAAUAUUGCAAGCAUUUUUGGAAUUGUUAUUUUGUUGUGUCUCCCCCACUAUUUCAAUUGUGCAAAACCAGUCUGGAAGUCUAGUACUCCUCUGAUGGGUGAAGAGACGGAGCCUACAGCUGUGGCGGAAGGUGUUACUGCUGAUGAAUCUUCCACAAGUCACCGCCGUAAGAGAAAGAGGCUUUUGCACAAAAGCUUAUUAGAACUGAUGGAAUUUUACAUGGGAGAUGUAAAUUUAUCCCAUGACAAAUUUCUCAAUGAGAAAAUUCAGGGAAAACCUUUUGUAUACAUAGAUCUCUCAGUUUUCCUUACCUUCAAUCGAGUAAAAGCUUUGACUUCUGACAUCACAGAUCUUGUCAAAUCUCUUAAACACUCACAGUUUCUUCAAUUGUCAGAAGAUGAAACUCAAGUAUGUCGUCUAACUCCAAUAAAGAAAAAAGAAAAUGAGGAGGAUUGUACUAUUUAUGUGGAGCAACUCGGGCCAGAUGUGAACCAUGACAUUUUAACAAAAGUGUUUUCAGAAUUUGGUCCUGUUGAUUACAUUUCCCUGCCACGAUAUUCCCAUAGUGGAAAGUUCAAAGGUUUUGCCUUCAUUGAAUUUAGAGAUCCUGAAUGUGCAAAAAAAGCCCUAGAGGCUUUGACUGCCAAAGGUUGUUGCUUAUCACCACAUAUGGCCCCUGAAGAACUGCUAAGUGUGAAAUCAUUUGAUGCCAAUGAUAGAUUUCAGCCAAAUAAGAAGAUAAGUGAUGUUAAAGAACCACCUGCUAAAAAGGAAAAUAAAAGAAAACAUGACAGUGACGAAACAGCAAAGAAACCAAGCAAUGAAGAUGAAACAAAGGAACCAGAUGACAAAGAACCUUUAGAAAAAAAGCAGAAACUGGAUGAUGAAGGUACAAAAAAAAAAGAGGAUUCAUCGGUACCAGAAGAGGAAACUGAAGAGGUAACAGAAGCUAAUUCGACAAAGCUACAGAAGAAAAGAAAAAGAAAGAAAAAGCUAAAAAAAGAUAAAGUAACAGCUAGUUCACUUGGCCUUAGAGUUCUCUCCAAGAAGGAAUGGAGACAGUUACGGAAUAGGUAUCUAAACAUGCAAAAAAAGGUUAUGACUGUUCUUAAACAACAGCUUUCCAAGCCUAACACAGAGACUGAGGGAGCCAAGUUGAAAGAGCAAUACAAACCAGGGACCAUCAUCAAAGUUAAUCUGGCAGAGCCGAUCAUUAACAUAACAACUGCCAAGAGCGAGUUCCGUAUUCAUCCAGAUAUUUGCUAUGUCGAUGUGAAGGAAGGAAGCUCGUGUGUGUAUUUGCGGACCACUUCUCCUGAAUUUGCAACUUCACUGCUCCAAACCAAACAUUGGCCUAACAUGGAGUUAAUACAAGGAGAAGAAGAAAUUGCUUAUUGGGAUAAGAUAAAAAGCGAUCGCCUUGAAUAUUUUCAACAGAAACUUAAACCAAACCAACGAGGACGGACUAAGCUGUUGAAGAGAGCUGAACAUUUUUUAGAAAAACAAAUUUAGGCCCGUUUAUUUUCAUACAUCGUUUUUUACUGUUCUAAAACCCUGUAGCGUGCAUUCCAUCUAAGUGUUAAUCAUACAAUUUUCUAAAUGAACAGCAUAAAACUUACAAACAAACUUAUCAACUUA